GAUUAAUUAAUUUGAAAGUAACUUAGGAGAGGCACUCACUAAGAACGGCAAGAACGGAACCAAAUGGAACUGAAGAACCAAAACGUCGCUAUAUACAUACAUAGAAAUUAAUAGUUUUUUUAAUAAUAAGCAUAAGGGUUGUGGACCACGUCCUUUUGUUUGGUCGUCGAGUUCUGACUUUUUCUUCACAAAGAUAGGAGGACUCACAUCUCUCAAAGCUCACACACACACACAUAUGACCCAAGAACCCUAGAGAAGAGGAAUGAGAGAAUUCAUCCUCGAUUUUGAAUACAUCGCCGAAGGAUUUUGUUGGUACUUUCUUCUUCUCUUUGACUUACUCUUCGACUUCUUCAUCUCAAUUUCUCUCUUCUUCUUUGCUCUAAUCACAGACUUCUCUUCUUUCCUCUUCUGUCUCAACUUGAUUGCUUAAACCAAAAACAAACAAAAUCACAAAAGACAAAACUUUUUCCAAAUGGGUUUAAUCAAGAAAACAGUUCAUUACUGUUGUGUCUCAAGAGACAAUCAGAUUCUUUACUCUUACAACGGUGGUGACCAUAGUAACGAAGGUCUCGCUGCUUUGUGUUUAGAAAAGUCUCCGCCUUUUCACAAUUGGUACUUUGAAACCAUCGGGAAGAGGAGGUUUGGGUUUCUAAUAGGAGGAGAUGGGUUUGUGUAUUUCGCUAUUGUUGAUGAGGCUUUGAGGAGAUCUAGUGUUCUUAAGUUUCUUGAACAUUUGAGAGAUGAGUUCAAGAAAGCUGCUAGGAAGAAUUAUAGAGGAAGCAGUUUUACUGCUAUGAUUGGUUCUAUUGAUGAUGUUGGUAAUCAGCUUGUUCCUGUUGUUACUAGACUCAUAGCUUCACUUGAACGUGUUGCUGAGAAUGCUAACAAUGAUUUGAAGACUCAAAAUAGUAAUCUUGGUGAACAGAGCGAAGGUUCGUCGAAUUCGACUAAAGCUCCGCUUUUGGGGAAGUUAGGGAGGCAAGAGAAGAAGAAAGGGAAAGAUCAUUUGAUUUCAGUUAGAGGCAUUGAGCUUGAGGAACACAGGAAGUCUAGUGAUAGGCCGAACAGAACCGAUGCUGCGGAUGGAGCAGGAACGGAGUGUGUAUCGUCGAGUAGGGGACGUUCUGUUUCUCAAAGCUUUGAAUGGAAAUGGCGGCGUUUAGUUCAAGUUGUUCUUGCUAUUGAUGCAGCUAUUUGUUUGACACUGUUUGGUAUUUGGUUGGCUAUAUGUCGAGGCAUUGAGUGUACACGUUCAUGAUCUACAAAUUCUAGAUCCGAAUUGUGCAGACAAAGUAUUUAUUUUUUACAAUCCCUUGUGCAAUUCCAGUAGGCAAAAGUAUGCAACAUUGUUGAUUGUAUGUGUAGCCUUAAGUUAUAAUUUGGCUUAUGUGUUGCUUUUAGUCA